UAGGUUACUUCUGAGCCUCUGCCAGGGCCCAGGAGAGAACAAAGAAGCAGUACUAACCCACAGUGAGAAAUAUAAAUUAUUCUGUUACAGGAAAGGGGUCCCUAUCCAGACCCCAAGAGAGAGCGUUUUUGGAUCUUGCAGAAGAAAUAAUUCAGGAAUGAAUUGGGAUGAUGAAUAUUCUCAUAGUUCUUUUGACCUACAUUGUUUGUUAAACUCAUUUCCUGGAGACUUGGAGUUUGAGCAGAUCUUCAGUGACAUUGAUGAAAAGAUUGAACAAAAUGCUGCAAGCAUAGAACAUUGCAUUAAAGAGAUACAGUCCAAAAUUAACAAACAAUGUCCAGGUGUGCAACUGCAAACACCAGCUGACUGCUUUGAAUGGCUAACUCACUAUAAUUGCAGUACAUCCAAGUCAUCUUUCAUUUCACAUGGAGAUUUGACAAAAUUCCUCAAAACACUGGAAAAUUUGUUGAAGAAUGAACAAAAUCAAGAAGAAAUGAUAUUGGAUUUACUUUGGGACCUCUCCUGCCACAGCAGCGUUUCAUUCCCAUCCACUCUAAGUGGAACAUCUUUCCAUUUCCUCUCUAGGACAUCUCUUCAUUCUGUUGAAGAUAAUUCUUCUAUGGAUGUCAAGUCUAUAUGGGAUGAUAUAAGACUGCAUCUUCGACGCUUCUUAGUGAGCAAAUUACAAAGCCAUAAUGAAAUAAACAAUUCACAGCAAAAAAUUUUAUUGAAAAAGCAGUGCUUACAACAAUUCUUGUUUCUUUAUCCAGAAUCCGAAGUUAUAAUCAAAUACCAAAACAUACAGAAAAAACUGUUGGCUAAUCUUCUGCAGAACUGCGUUCCCUCUUACAACAGAGAUUCAAAUUUAGAUAUAAUAGUUCAUGGAUAUCAAAGUACAAUGCUUAAGUUAUACUCAAUAAUAAAAGAGGAUUUUAACACACUAUGUGAAAUUUUAGCUCCGUCCUCAACAGUGAACUUCAUUAAAGAAACUUACCUGGAUACUGUUACAGAAGAAAUGGCAAAAUUUCUUGAAAAUUUUUGUGAGCUGCAGUACAGAGAAAAUGUUGUCCGUGUGGUUAAAACAAGCAAGAGCUCCAGCAAGCAUAGAAGAGCAGUGCAUGCUUUGGUUACCCCUGAAUGCCCACAAAAAGGAAGAAAGUUCUCUCUCCCCUUAGACAAAGUUGAAUUCUUAUCAGAGCUCAUAAAAUCCUUUAUGAAACUGGAAAAAUGUGUUCAAGAAUUGUUUGAAGAACUACUUUUAUCACUCAAGAUACCCAGGAAGUGUUCAGGAAUUUGGGAGAAAUCCAAUAGAGGAGUUGUAAUAGAAAAACCCAGAGCAAACAAAACUAAUAUUUCUUCAGAGGAAUUGCUACCAGGAAAAGAGGCUAUUUUACUAGAUUUUGACUGGAGAAGUACAUUUAAAGAAGUGUCUCUUCCCAUGGCACACUGCAUAAUAACUGCAAUUGAAAGUUUUUCUGAAAAAAUUCUCCAACAAGAACAAAAUGAAAGGUCUUCAGCUGUGAGUUAUACUAUGAACCUUGUAAAUGUCCAGCAAGUUUGGCAAGACAGCCAUAUGUUUCCUGAGGAGGAACGACCAAAGAAAAUUGGAAAAUUUUGUUCUGACAUCACAGAAAAACUUGACACAAUGCUCCCACUGGCUCUGGCAUGCAGAGAUGAUUCUUUUCAGGAAAUUAGAGCAAACUUGAUGGAAGCCUGUUGUAAAGUGGCAACAGCUGUCCUGCAGAGACUGCAAGAGAGAGCCAAGGAGGUUCCUUCCAAAGCUCCCCUGAAAAACUUGCACAUACUCCUCUCCACAACGGUGUAUGUCUUCCAGUACUUCAAGCAAUAUGAUAAUUUGAUGAAGGAAAUUACUAAAAAACCCAUAUUCCUGGUGCCUGUCCAACGAUAUCAGGAAUUCAUCAACACUCUACAGUUUCAGGUUACGAACUACUGCGUCAGAGUUUGUGCUACAAGCAUUUUACAGGAUGCUGAGAGCCACCACUGGGACGACUACAAAGCUUUUUAUGAGGGGGAAAGAUGUUCGUUCUCGAUCCAGAUGUGGCAUUAUUUCUGCUGGGCUCUUCAUCAUGAUCUCUGGACCAUUCUGCCUCCUAAGUUAGCCCGGGAGAUUCUAGCAGAAGUGCUGGAGAAAUCUUUGGGUCUACUUGCCUCCAGAUAUGCCCGUGCUCACCCCAGCCGUAAGAGAACCCCACAGUUAAGACUUGAUGUCACAACAAUUUUAAUAUGCACUGAGAACAUGUUAUGGUCAGUUUGUACAUCUGUACAAAAACUUUUGAAUCCUCAUGAGCAUACAGAUAAUACAAUUUUUAAAAUUCAUACCCAUUGUAAUAAUCUGUUUACAACAUUAGUCAUUUUGACUUCACCAUUAACAGAAUUAUAUAAGACUUUUCAGCAUGGCCUGGAUGAGUCUGCUUCAGAUUCCUUAAAAUCAUUUUUUAAGCAACCAUUAUACUGGGUUUCUUGCAUAUCACAUUUCUACCCUUCUUUACUCAGUCUGUGUUAUUACAUCAUGGCAGCACAAAAUGGACUAAGACAAUCUCCAAAGGAGGCAUCAAGUAUGCAGAUUCCCCAAACUUGCUGGGUGAGAUAACUCUUGUUUUACAGAAAAUUAACAAUUAUUGGAAAGUAGGACAUCAUUGGUAAGUGUUGAACUAUGCUAUACUACCAUAUUUAGGGCAUAAAGAAAGUACGUAUAGAAAAGUAAAUACUGAAAGGAUGUAAAGCAGUGGGUUUAUAGUUUUUAUCUCUGGGUGGUAGGAUUGCCAGCAAUUUUAAUUUUCAUCUGUAUAGUUGUAUAUAUUUUCCAAAUUUUUAUAAUGAGUAUAAUUUAAUUUUAUUAAUUAUGAAUACAUUUUUAAAAAGCAGAAAGAAAAUCUGUUUUCUUUGAUUUCUCUUUUAUUCACAUUGCUUAACCUUAACCUCUAUACAGACGAUUUCCAGUUCUGCAUCUCUAGUUUUGAGUUUAAAACUGCUUUCAUUAUGUCUCUCUCUCUCUCUCUCUCUCUCAGAAAUCUAUAGUAGCUUCUGCUUCACCCACACUGUCUCUCCUGGCUUACUUGCUUGAGAGUUUUCUGGCUUAUUUCCUGGAGAGUUUUCUCUGCUCCAGUUAAGUCAGUCUCCUCUUAUGUCUUUAAGACUUAGUUAUUCCAUAUUUUUAAUAUUUAAUUUGUUGCUUAUUCUCAGUUUCAGCCCUUUAUUAAUGCAGUUUCCUUUCUUGGAAUACAUUUGGUUCUCUCCCUUUUCUUUCUAAAAUUUCCACACAAGGUAUAGUAGGAGGACUCUCCCCGUUAUCACCCCUGCCCAUUAAAAGUCAUAUUUUCAACUAAGUCCAUAUAAUCUGCUUAGAAAGACAUGUUCCCUGUGAUUUGUAAUCCAGUGUGCUCAGAGCACUGUACAAUCAGAGGAACCCAGGGCAGCAAUAAAAGCAGUUUUAAAAUAACUAAAGUUAUUUAUUUGCAUUUACCAGACAUUACAAUGGGGAUUCCUAGACCACCAUUAUGUGAGCUUAAAAAUCUCACCUUUCCAUUCAUUUCCCUCACCUGUAUCAGCUGUCUAUAUGAGUCUUUCACCCCCAAACUAUCCUUCAAAAUUCCAUUCUUCACUUUAGCAACUAAAAUGAACUGUUCAAGAAAAUACAGGGGUUGGACGAUGACAAAUGAAAAAUAUAUUAGGCUUCUCUUUUGGUAAAGAGGAAGGCUGAGAGGAGAGGUGAAUGAAGUAGUUAAUAUCAUGAAGGAACUUAACCAUGAGAUUAAUACAUUUUCCACAUGUCUUAGUUUAAUCUAGUAUGAAACUGAUUAUCCUCUCUAAUCAACUCACAAUGUUAGCCUAUACCACUGCUAGGGACAAUGAAUAUAGUACAUUUUACUUACUCCUUUGAAAAUAUAUUUAUUUUACCUAAAAUAAACUCCUCUAAACUCUAUUCCCAGGGUUCUAGGAGAACAUGAAAAAAUGUAUUUUUAUCCAUUUUACUGUUUUCUCUAGUAAGCUUAUAGACAAAUAUAUGGUCCAUACUGAUGUUUCUACAUUUUUCACUCUAUUUGUAAUCUCACUUUUCAUGAUUACAGAUGAAUCAUUUUUGGUUUUUUCCUUCUACUCGCUUUUAAUUAUCUUAGUUUAUAUAAUAUUGCUAAAAGCUGACUUAAAUUCUUUCUGAAACAAUCUGCAGGUACAAAUAAGUAAGCAAAUAGAUGAAUAAAUUACUAAGCUCCUUCGAGAUAUUAAGACAUAUAGCAUGUAAUAUGAAAAUAAUGAAACCAAAGAUAACUUAAUAUGUUUAGGGAGGAAAAUAUAUGUAUAUAAGUCCAAAACAGGAUUACAUUGAAUAGAAGCAGAGUAGAAACAAAAAGCCCAGUGGAAAGAAAUAUAUACAGCUUAAAAUGGACUGGCCAUAAAUCAAAGCAUCAUGUUGUCACUGUAGAAGAAAAUGAGCAGUUAAAACUGUUUACUCACACUGAUUGUACUUCUUGGGCUCAGUGUACAGUUAUGACCUAUUUAGCUAAGGAAGGGAUAUUUAAAAAUAUUCUUUUAAAGCAAAAUGAUAAAAGGCAUUAUAAUGCAACAUAUUAUAAUUAACUAGGAUAGCAUUUUUUCUUGAACGUUUCUGUGAAAGCACACUUUGGUGACUGUCUUAAUCUUUUUUCUCUCCUACAUACCCAAUCCAUUACUAAGUCUCAUUAAUUUUAACUUCUAGUAUCUACUAUCCAUGGUACCAGUUUCACCUUAGUCCAAACUACCAUCGUCUGUCUCUUAACUACUGCAGUGACCACUAGCAUUCUUCCUAUGUACAUGUUGACUUCCAUUUCUAAUAUUCUCCAACGAUAGCAAGAUUUUUCUCAAUCCCAAAUCUAUUUUCAAAACUCAAAUUUUAUCAUGGCAUACUUAUGGCUUACCUUCCAUGAAUUCACUUUUAUCCUUAAGUAUGUAUAAAAAACUAGCAUAGCCAAUAAUAUAUACAUAGAUGUGACUCUUACCCACUUCUCAACCCUCUUCUGAUACCCACUACUAUGUGAACUCUAUUUCCACACAUUAGCCCAUUUACAUGUUCUUUUUAUGCCAUGUUCUUUUCUGCCACAGGAUUUUUGCACAUGCUUUGCCCUUUCGCUAAAAUGUCUUUCUCCUUCACAUAGGUAAUGCUAGCUUAUCUUCAUCUCUCAGCCCAGAUGUGACUUCUGCAGAGAAGACUUUUAGCAACUGAGGUGAACUAGCAAGACUAGUUCAAUUCCUUUUUACCACAUCUUCUAAUAGCAUUUUGGCUUCUCUUUCACUGAGUUUUUAUAAGUGUCAUUUUAUCUUUAUUUGUGUGAUCACUUAAACUACAUAUGUAUCUUCCACUAAAUUCUAUAAGAAUAAGGACUUUCUGCUUUUUGCUUACUGUUAUGUGUCCAUGGUUUAGCAUAUACAAGUUAAACAAUAAAUAUUAGUUGGAUGAAUGAAUGAAUGAAUAAAAAAAUUCAAACUUGAAUUGUGUCCCCUAAGUGCUAAAGUAUUGUAUUGUAUAGUAUAAGUGCUAUAUUAAAUGGUAGGAACAUUUGAUCUGUGUGCUAAGGCCCAGGCAUGGGAGGCAUAGUCUUAAUGAGGAGGUAACUACUAGUAUCCUUAGGAGAGAACAUCUAGGGAGGAGGACAAAACGAGUUUAUGGUCUCUCAACUGCUGCUGACAAACUGCUCUGCAGGGCUGAGGAAAAGAGCUUAGAAAGCCUGUGCUCUGAUGAGGUACCAAGCAUUGACAUAGCAUCAACAGCCAGGGGAGAAGUAACUAGAGCUUUUAAACAGCAGAGGUCUUAAAUGGCUGUUCCAGAGUAUGGAUGGACAAGCAGCUAUCUCUUUGAAACAAUUUUCAGAGGGAAGUCAGUGUCUGCCAAACAAUUAUUUUAAAAAAGUGAAAAUGUCAACUGAACUAGGUAUUUACCAUAUAGACAUGGAUAUAUUAAGGUUUACAUCUUUUCUAUCAUGGCUUAAUAUAUUACAUAAUUAAGAAUAUGGAGAUGAAGCCAGCAAUGUGAUAAUAGAAAACAGCCAUAGGUUUUCACAUUGGAUUGCAUACUUGUCUAGUUUUGUGGUUUUGGAAAGUUAGCCUAUGGGUGCUUCAGUUGAGUUUACCCUUAUAUGAAACAGUUUAUAUUUUGGGGAGGAUGUUGAGACAUAAACACAAUACAAUCUUAUUGUCUUAUUGAUCUUCUUGAAAAAAGUAUGCAAUCCUAUGGUCUACUUCCCCCUUCUUAAAACAUCUUCUUCCCUUCACUUCUGAGAUACUGUCAUGAUAGGGUCAUGAUGACCCCAUGAGCUCAAGUGCCUCAGUGGCAUGCAUCACAUAAAUACUAAACUAUCAUUCAUAACUGCUGUUAGUAAACAGCUAUAUAUUUCAGAAAGUGGCAAGUUUGAUCAAUUAUCUAAACAUGUGAAGGGACUUACUUCAAGUAUGAUAAAGUGGAAGGAAUGUUGAACCACUUUCUCACUGGGUCAGGAAUAUGAUGCUAGGGGAGACUUUUCCUGAACUCCCCAUAACAGUUCAUUAUCUGACAGACAGGGACCAAUAAUAAGUCAAUGGCUCCGGGAAGAUAACUUGUGCUUCUCAAAAGAAUGGCUGAGUGAUUCAGUGUUGUCAAAUGUCUUAGUAAUUCAGGUGCUAGGGUAGUAUUGAUUGGAGAGAGCCCAAAACUGAUGGCUGGAAUCUAAUAUUAGUCAUACACCAGGUAAUAUAGAUACAACCAACCUUGAAAAAAAUAUGAUUCUUAAAAACAUCAAUCCACAUUAGUGGACAAAGCUCUUAAAAAAAUCAAGCGGUGUGGCUGGCAAGAUGGCUGAAUAGGAACAGCUACAGUCUGUAGAUCCCAGGGAGAUAAACACAGAAGGCAAGUGAUUUCUGCAUUUCUAACUGAGGUACCCAGCUCAUCUCAUUGGGACUGCUUAAACAGUGGGUGCUGCCCACUGAGAACAAGUUGAAGCAGGGUGGGGCGUCGCUUGACCUGGGAAAUGCCAGGGAUUGGAGAACUCCAUUUGCUAGCAAAGGGAAACUGUGAGGGACUGUGCCAUAAGGAACAGUAUACUCUGGCCCAGACACUAUGCUUUUCCCAUGGUCUUCAUGACCUGCAGACCAGGAGAUUCCCUCGGGUGCCUACACCACCAGAGCCCUGGGUUUCAAGCACAAAACUGGUGGCCAUUUGGGCAGACACCAAGCUAGC